AUGGAUUUGUGGUGGCAGGUAUUGCAAUGUAGUUACUAUGAGGGAAAAUGGGAGCUUCUGGUUUACGUAAACAUAAGGGUAAGCAUUGCAUGUGUAGCGUAUAAGGAAGAAAUUGAUUGGACAAAACUAUCAUACAUGUUGGCUGAUGAAAAGGCGUAUGAAUUUGUCAUGUUGUUUGGACUGAGGCUGCCGAGGCGGAAGGGGACGGUAGUGGUGCACUUGCCUGGCGAAAGGGCCGUAUACGCUGCCGUCGCCGCUGCAGGGGUCCACCGGUGCACGGUUGCGGAAGGACGAAGGAGAGGCCGCGCCGCGGAGACCGUGGCAACCGCACGCAAGCCGGCGAAGCCGGUGGCCGACGCGGGGGUCCGCGGGUGCACAGGUGCAGAAGGACGAAGGAGAGCCCGCGCCACCGCGACCGUAGGCGAGCCGGCGGCGCCGGUGGCCGACGUGGCGGGUGCGGUGCCGCAGGGCCGCGCCGCGCAGGGGCUGGUCCGCCGGUGCGCGGAGCCGCGGGCCGCCGACCAGCGGAGGGCGCAGGCACGGGGGCGGCGCGUGCGGUGCUGCAGGGGCGCGGCGUGGAGGCCGGAGCAGCGGCGGGGUUUCUGGGUGGAGUCGCCGCAACGUGGAACGGCGGCGCGUGCGGUGCUGCAGGGGCGCGGCGUGGACACCGGAGCAGGGGGGGUGAGGGUUCUGGGCGGAGUCGCCGCGUGGAACGAUGGAGGAUUUCUCUCUCUCUUUUGCCUGUUCGCUUAG